AUGACCUAUUACUACAUCCGUCGAAGAUUUGUUGGCCUUUUUGUGUCGAGAAGAAUCAGGACCGUCUACAAAGUGGUCAUUUUUCUAGUCUUUCUUAUUUCUUUAAGUGCUUUCUACCUGAGUGUAGUUUCGCCAGAGAUUCCUCAAAACGUCUUUUUCUUAAAACUGCGGGGUAAUAAAAGUCGUUUCAUAGACUUAAAGUGGAAUUGCAGUUGUGAAUUUGGUUCAGGUUCAACACCAAGUAAUAAAAUUUCAACAUCGCCAGGAAGCUCCAAGGACUGUUUAAACGAUCAAUCACGACAAGCAGACACCGACUUCAGCACUGUUGGGUGGACAAAUUUCUCCCUGAUCAUGCCUCGUGUCGAACCGAAUAUUUCUUGUGAAGAAAGAAAGCUUUUUAUGGUUGUUGUAGUCAACUCGGCAACCGACGACAGACAUAGGAUCCUACGAAUGUCUAUCAGAAAGACUUGGGGAAAUUUAACACAAGGAAAAGGGAAUCAGAAAUGGAGGAUCUAUUUCGCUUUGGGAAUGUCCAGCAGUUACGCUAUGAAUCUAAAGAACGUACAAGAAGCUUUACAGUACAAUGAUAUAAUCAUAGGAAACUUUUCAGAUACUUACAAGAACAUUGUUAUCAAAACAUUUAUGUCGCAUUUCUGGGUGUAUUCUCAAUUUGAUUGUAUGUAUGUUAUGAAAACCGAUGAUGAUGUUUAUGUUAGAGUCUCAAGGUUGUCAAAAUGGCUCGAAAAACAAGGCUUCCCAAACCCUUUUUAUGGGGGGUUUCUUAGCGAGAAUUUAUUAGUAGUUCGCGAUCCAAAAUCCCCUUGGUUUGUUUCUAAGGAAGACUUCAAUGAGACAAGAUGGCCACCCUUUUCGCACGGGGCAUUUCAAGUUGUCUCUACCGCUAUACUUCCUCGUUGUUUUAACUACACCCAGUCAGUCAAACGACCAUUAACCACAGAUAAUGCAUACUUUGGUGUCAUGGCUAGAGACCUGGGAGUUAACGCCACACAGAUUCCUGGCUUUAGUCUUAAUCCGCCUAAAAGUGACUUUGAGGUCAUGAUCGCCACUGCGUUUGGCCACGCUCUAGACUCUUCUGCCAUGUUCAAGUACCAUGCUAGAUAUCAUAACCUUGAUAUAUGA